UACAAACUUGAAGAAAUCUCAACCGUAGCAUUGCUGUCCCUCGCCACGUCGCAUGCUGACAGUUUUCUAUCUAUAGCAAAACCCUCCAGACCUCUAGCUCCAACUUCCCACCUUCAAAAAUUAACCUUAAAUCUGACAACGACCACAACUGAAAACUCCCAAUCUCACAAACAAAGCAACCACCUUCUCUCUGUCUGCCUGUCUGUCUCUCUCUCCCUCUCUCUUCUCUUUCUGGUUUCUCGGGUUUUCACAGAAAUGGCGACGAAAAUCGCACAUCAAAUCGGUGCCCUGUCUGUGACGCCCGUAGCUUCAUCAGAAACCAGGAAAGAGUCAGGUGAUCAGCCUACUGCGGUGGUGAGUGUAUCGGCUCUCUGGAAGACACCCUCACGGCCUACGAACCUACGGCCUAGAACUCAGAAACAAGGGCAGGUGGUCGGAAGAGAGAUGGAGGCCAGCCUGUCGGUGGCGUGUCAGGCGCUUGUGACGGAAACGGCGAUGGUGGAGCGCAGAGAUGGAGAGGUGGGAGCUGCGCAGGUUAAAGGGAAAGGGGUUCCGGUUUACGUGAUGAUGCCGUUAGACAGCGUGACGAUGUCCAACGGGGUAAACAAGAGGAAGGCGAUGAAUGCGAGCUUGAUGGCUCUAAAGAGCGCCGGGGUGGAAGGGGUGAUGGUGGACGUGUGGUGGGGGUUGGUGGAGAGAGAUGCGCCUGGUGUGUAUAACUGGGGAGGGUACACGGAGCUGCUGCAGAUGGCGAGGGAGCACGGUCUCAAGGUUCAAGCUGUUAUGUCCUUCCAUCAGUGCGGCGGGAACGUUGGUGAUUCUUGCACGAUUCCUUUGCCUAAAUGGGUGGUGGAAGAGAUAGACAGAGAUCCAGACCUCGCGUACAAAGAUCAAUGGGGAAAUAGGAAUUACGAAUUCGUCUCUCUGGGCUGCGACAACCUUCCGGUGCUCAAGGGCCGAACGCCAGUCCAGUGCUAUACCGACUUCAUGCAAACUUUCAGGGACAACUUCAAACACCUUCUUGGCGACACCAUUGUGGAAAUCCAAGUGGGAAUGGGUCCAGCAGGAGAGCUCCGCUACCCUUCAUAUCCAGAACAGAAUGGAACAUGGAGGUUCCCGGGUAUAGGAGCCUUCCAGUGUUUCGACAAGUACAUGGUCAAUAGCUUGAAAGCUGCCGCCGAAGCUGCUGGCAAGCCCGAGUGGGGUCACAGUGGCCCUACAGAUGCUGGUCACUACAACAACUGGCCGGAGGAUACCCAGUUCUUCCGCCGCGAUGGUGCCGGUUGGAAUAGUCCCUAUGGUGAAUUCUUCCUCACUUGGUACUCUCAGCUGUUACUGGAUCACUGUGAAAUGAUGCUGUCAUCGGCCGACUCCAUCUUCCAAGGCACCGGCGUCAAGAUCUCGGUGAAGAUUGCAGGAAUCCAUUGGCACUACGGGAGCCGGUCUCACGCCCCUGAGCUCACAGCAGGGUACUACAACACCAGGUUCCGAGAUGGGUACCUGCCCAUUGCUCGUCUGCUGGCACGCCAUGGCGCCAUCUUCAACUUCACAUGCAUCGAGAUGAGGGACUAUGAGCAGCCUCAGGACGCACGGUGCGCGCCUGAGAAGCUUGUCCGGCAAGUGGCAUUGGCAACCCUUGAGGCCGGGGUUCCGCUUGCAGGGGAGAACGCAUUGCCACGGUAUGACGAGAUGGCACACGAGCAGAUCUUGCGCGCAGCCUCCUUGGAUCUUGACGAUGGCAACGACAGCGACGGGAGAGAGAUGUGUGCUUUCACAUAUCUGCGAAUGAGCCCCGACCUGUUCCAGGCUGAUAACUGGACAAGAUUUGUAGCGUUUGUGAAGAAGAUGAAGGAAGGGAAGAGGGGGAACCGAUGUUGGGAGCAGAUGGAGAGAGAAGCCCAGCACUUUGUCAGUUCAACUCAGCCGUUGGUGAAAGAGGCUGCUUUUGCUCUCAGUAAGUAAUAAAGUCUAGCCUUGCCUCCAUCCGCAGAGCUGUGUUAGAGCUCUCAAGUCUCAUCUAAAAGCUUAGGCUAGCUUGUAGUUUAGUUAGAACGGUUCUUAUGGUAUCAGAGCUUGUUCAUCCAUAUAUAGCAUUGUAGGAUUGGGAUCGAUAUGGGGAGUCUGCUGUACAUACAACCCUGUAUUAUAUUCUAUAUUAAUGGCAAUAAAAUGGGUAUUUUUUCAGGCUUAAGUUCAUUAA